AUGGCUACUUACUUUGUUCAAAAACCAGAUCGAAUUAAUAAUUCACCAAAACGAAAGAAUAAAAAAUUAGAAAGUUAUACACUCUCAACAGCCCAAUUACCUGAAGUAAGUAUUGGACCGAUUAACCAGACGCAACGACAACAACUCCACAAGCUACUAUUACAAUACACUGAUUUAUUUGCUACCGAUGAUAAUGACUUUGGCCGAACCAAUUGG